CACAACUCUCAGGCAGUAAAGAAAGAGCGACUCGGUUUGUAGACAAUGGAGCAACAGGAGAAAGCUCUGGAUAAAGGCAUCACUAAGUUUGCACUCGAGCCAUCGGGGUGAACUUUCCUGACAAAGAUGUUUGACUACUAAAGAGAACAAGGAGGAGAAGAAGGAGGGAAGCGGCGACAAAAAACCUGCUUACAUGUCUGUUCAUGAGGAUGAAACCACAGUUGGUCUCCAUAUGAUUUUGAUUUCAGCACUGCAAAAGGAAAUGUAUCAUGAGAAAGGAAGUCCGAUCACAAACGCAUGACAGACCUGAGCUCAUAUAUCCUCCUUGUCCAGCAAGAAUACGUUAAUGGUUGGAACUGCCCGCCCCAACCUCCAUUACUGCCCUCGCAGACACAGCCUGAUGAUCACCGGUGCCAUGGGAGCGGUGAGGGUCAACAGAUACAGCAUCGUUUCCACUGAUGAAGAUAUGCUGAAAAUCUCAAGUUUGGGCCUCCACAACGGCCACAGUCCUCUGACACAGCAAACACUAUCAGGGGCAUGCAUGCGGGGUGAGGAAGGAGGUGGAGGAGGAGAGUAUCCAGGAGGUGAUGAAGUUCUAGGGGCUUUGCCCUUGAGGAUGACGAAAGAGCCGAUCAUCCACAGCAGCUGUCGUUCCUCUCCUCUGUGUCGUCUGGACCUGGAUCUUAGCACUGGACGGCUGCGCAGCCGUUUCGUGAAGAAGAACGGCCAGUGCAAUGUAGUUUUCAAUAACAUGGAGGAUAAACCACGACGAUACCUGGCUGACAUUUUUACCACUUGUGUAGACAUACGUUGGCGUUACUUGCUGCUCAUCUUUACCGCUACUUUCCUUCUAUCCUGGCUGCUCUUUGGUUUUAUCUUCUGGGGAGUUGCUCUUGCUCAUGGGGACUUUGAACUGGACCUUCCUGUGGCGGAUGAGAAUCCUAGAAGUAUCUCAGAGGAGGCAAAAGAUAAAAAGCGGCCAUGCAUUCUCCACAUCCAGGGUUUCAUUGGGGCUUUCCUCUUCUCAAUAGAGACCCAGACCACUAUUGGAUAUGGCUUCCGGUGUGUCACUGAGGAAUGUCCGAUUGCUGUUGUGACAGUGGUAGUGCAAUCCAUUGUGGGGUGUAUAAUUGACUCUUUCAUGAUUGGCACCAUCAUGGCAAAGAUGGUUCGCCCCAAAAAGAGAGCGCAGACCUUGUUGUUCUCGCAUAAUGCAGUCAUCGCCCUGAGAGAUGGUAAGCUGUGCCUCAUGUGGCGCCUAGGGAACAUGCGUAAGAGCCACAUUGUUGAGGCGCAUGUGCGUGCGCAACUCAUCAAACCGCACGUGACAGCUGAGGGUGAGUACCUUCCCUUAGAACAAACAGACAUUGAUGUUGGCUAUGACGACGGACUGGAUAGACUGUUUUUGGUGUCACCACUGGUGGUUGUCCACGAGAUCAACAAAAACAGUCCUCUUUUCAACCUGAGCCACAGUGACCUACAGAAGGAGGACUUUGAGAUAGUGGUCAUCUUGGAGGGGAUGGUGGAGGCCACAGCCAUGACUACACAGGCCCGUAGCUCUUACUUGGCCAGAGAGAUCCUUUGGGGUCACCGCUUUGAGCCGGUGGUGUUUGAGAAGGGUGACCGCUACCAUGUGGAUUAUUCCCGCUUCCAUAAGACUUACGAAGUGCCAUCUACACCUCAAUGCAGUGCCAGAGAACUGAGCCAGAAAAAGGGUCACAGUGGGCAAUUGUCUUCUUCAAGUUCAAGCUUCUCCCGAUCUCCAUCACUGUUUGCUCCAAGAGCAGCAAGACAUUUGCAGGGAUCUCACUCCCCCAGUGCUUUCUGCUAUGAGAAUGAAGUAGCUUUGUGCUGCGGAGACGAUGCAGAUGAUGAGGAGGCAGAUAAGGAAAUGGACGGUCUCAAAACAGGAAGUAAAAGGGAGAUAAAAAUAAGGGAUGACAUUCACUUGGAUUACAAAGGGGCAUUUGUGAAAGAGCAGACAGUAGAGAUGCUGUGUGUUCUGGACACAGAGAAUCAGAUCAGCCUUGAUAGACUACAGCCAACCCUACCUUUAUACAUCAGCAGAGAAUCAGGAGUUUGAUUAAUGAUAAUUCCUGCCAUUUUGUUUGUUGUCUGACAUUGUUUGAUUCAACCAAAGCACUGAACUGAGAUAAAUAUAAAAUAUGAAAGAUGCAGUGUGAGCUUUGCAUGUGGAGUGAGAGAGGUUUGUUUUCUUAGAACUGGAAUACAUUUUGUUUUUGUGUAAAAUACAGUUUCAGUCAAAAAAAGAAAAAAGACGGCAUGUGUAAAAACCUCAGAGGUCUUCUAAUUUUAAAUGUGGUGACAGAGUAAUACUUUUAUUUCACAAGGCAUCUUGAAAAUGUAAAUGUUUUCCUAAUUUAUUCAGUAUUAUUUGUGUUUGGUCUAUAACUACCUGAAGCUUUUUGUUGUUAAUUUCCAGUCUUUUUUUUGUAAAUAUAUGCUUUUAUUAACUUUACUUUGGAUCUGUUCAGGUCUUAGGACAGAAUGUUUAUUUAUUAUUUAAUAUAUAAAGGCAAGAAAGCACAAAAUAAUUUUCUUGGUCAUCUGUAUUUUGAAAUAGUGUCUUCUUGAAUGAGUUUCUUUAACUAUUUGUAUUUAAUUAAUUUGUUUCUUGAAAGUCCAAUGCACUAUGUUCCUAAAUUACCCAGCACAAAAGAGGUACAUAGUGCAGAAACAUGAGAUUAAAGUAAGACCUGUGCAAAUGAACAAGCACUUUAUUAUAAUAUUAUCAAUAGAAACAAACACUUCACAACUGUCUCUUCAUUUUGUAUGA